AUUUUGAGCUUCAACUUAUAAAGAAGUGUUGUGUCCGUAAUCGCGAUUUUUUCCAAUAAGAGAAAUAACUUUUUUUUUGUAUAUAUUGCGAUAGUUGUUUCGCAAUAUAAAUUUAUACAAAAAAAAAAAAAAAAUAGAAAGGAAAAAUACAGAAAGAGAGUGAGAAAAAUGAGUAAAUUUUAGUGCACAAUACAUUAAAACACACACAUCCCCACGCACGAAAAGGCAAAGCAAAUUUAUGAAAACUGCCUAAGAAGAAACAAAUAAUAGAAAAUUACAAAUUGAAAAAGUGAAAAUACAAAGACACAAGAAAAAUUUGAAAUUAGUUAACCACAAAAUAAAGCGAAAACAUUUCAAAUGAUUAGCAGCGCACAAUUUCUGUACAGAGCUGUUGCCAUUUGCUAGUGUCUCAAGACAUACACAUACACAACAACGAUAUAAGAAGAAGAAGAACCAACUGGAAGCGGUCGUAAAAAAUCUCACAACUGGAUAGCUUCCGGCAACAUUCUAUAGCAGCAUCAACAAUAACAACAACCAUAACUCUUUAAAACGCCAUCAAGCUCCGAAAUCCAUCAUUUUCAUCGUCUGUCGCACGCAUCAAUUGUGAUCUCUAGCCUAAAGCAUGGAUAGCUAUGAGGAUGAGGUUGUUGCACCAACAACCACAUCAUCGGAAUCGCCUCUCAAAGAUUGGCGUGUAAAAUUUUUAGCUGACACCUUGGAUAAAAAUGAUUUCAUAGAAUUCUUUCAAAAAGAAUCCAGGCAGUAUUUUGAACACGAUACCAGUGGUGCGGAUUCUGCCCGAAGCUGGAGAGAUGCUCUAUCCGAAAUUAAGAAUCUUAAGAAUAAUAAACGUGGCUGCGAAGGUUCCUUAAAAUGCAUGUUCAAAGAGGCUGCUGCCAAAGAAGGCAUUAUCGAUGUCCUUAUGGAAUUCAUAUUGGGCGACAAUCCCAAUAUUGUGUUGGAGAAAUUACGCCUUGAGGGUGCCACCUCGGCGGUGUGUGGCAAAGUUUUCAAAAUUGGCGAACCCACGUACAGCUGUCGUGAGUGCGGCAUGGAUCCCACCUGUGUAUUGUGUGUGAAUUGUUUUAAACAAUCGGCACAUCGUUAUCACAAAUAUAAGAUGUCCACCUCUGGUGGUGGUGGAUGUUGCGAUUGCGGUGAUGAGGAGGCCUGGAAGAAGGAUCAUUAUUGCGAAGAACACUUGCGGGGCAAGGAAAACAGUUCAAGCAGUACCAUUAUAACAGAUGCCAUUAAAGAACGCUGUGAAAUUGCCUUUGUGGCCAUUCUAACAUUUUGUGUCAACUACUUGGAAAUCGAGACAAAUGCUAGUCUUAAAUGCCUCGAUGGGGAUGGCAUUGGCAAGGAUUAUUUUUGCACCGUCCUCUACAACGAUGAAUCCCAUACAUUUGAUCAGGUCAUACAGACUCUGACGAAAAUUGCUAAAGUUCAACACAAGGAAGCUACCGAAAUCGUGGCCAGUAUUGAUCGAGAAGGACGCGCUGUGGUUAAAUGUGAUAGUUUCAACGAAUGUGCUGCCCUCAAGGAGGCAAUUGAGAAGCAGUCGGUGCCGCCCAAUAUGGCUAUGCCAAAUAGUAGGGCCAAUCAAUCGCUUCGCGUCAAUGUGUUGCAUAUACGCGCUGUGGCCUGCCAGCAAUUUGCGUUGCAGUUGCUGACAUGGUUCCAAGAGUUUCUUGUGCGUCACAGUACUUUCCGCCAAAUAUUCGCCCGCAUUGUUAUGGACAAGAAGGCGCCCUAUUGCAUACGCCACAUAUUGGAAUACGAUGUGGCCUUGUGGAAGACCGCCCGUACUUGUUGGCACCGUUUGUUGAUUUCCGGCAUGCUCAUGGAGUACGACAACAAAAUGGCCUUGGCCCAAGAGUUCUCCAAAAACUAUGCUACCAUUGUGCAAGACUUCAUAAGCGAUGACCAUGACCAUUCGUAUUCGAUUGUGUCACUUAGUGUCCAACUUUUCACAGUGCCAAGUAUAGCCCAUUAUUUGAUAGCUCAAGAGGGUAUCUUCUACAAGUUGUUGCACACCUUCUACCACAAGUCCAUUGAGGAUUAUAUGCAAAACAAGACAUUGCACUUCUCCAAGAAUGUCUCAACACUGAGCCAUUUCAAGCGGGCCGCCUAUAUACUCUACGAUUUACGCUACAUACUUAGUUUUAAGCCCGACUUUUGGACCCAAGAACUGCGAGAAGGCUUCAAUGAAGGCUGUAAGGCUCUACUGCGUGUCCUAAAUGCCAUGCAGGGCAUGGAAUCGGUGACGCGUCAAACGGGCCAGCACAUGGACUAUGAGCCCGAGUGGGAGUGUGCAUUCAAUUUGCACAUAAAGUUGGCCAACACCAUUUCGCUGGUGUUGGAAUGGGCUGCCACAGACAAGGAGGUGUUGGAGAAACUCUGUGUCAUGGUAAUGCGUUAUUUGAUGCAGAAUACCUUUAUUAUUGGCCAAGCCAAGAAGGAGCAGCGCACAGUGGAAAAUCACAUUGCUGAGUGUUUGAUUUAUGAUGUCUCUUCCAAGCCGGUGUCCAUACAUUUACCCUUGUCCCGUUUCUUUGCGGGCAUCUAUUUGCAUUUGGGCCAAUACGGUUUGAACUUUGAUAUGAUUAGCAGUUUGAAGCGAACACCCGAAGAGAUAAUGGAGCCCAUUUUAUGCACCCAGGUUAUGAUGGCCCAGGUUCAUUCUGGCAUGUGGCGUCGUAAUGGCUACUCCCUGCUGCAUCAGUUGUAUUUCUACCGCAAUGUACGUUGCCGCACUGAAAUGUUGGAUCGUGAUAUUGUGGGCAUGCAAAUUGGCGCUUCGUUGAUCGAAAGCAAUGAGUAUCUCAUCCAUUUGCUUAACAAAUUCAAUCUGAUUGAGUGGAUACAGCCAGACUAUGAAGAUUCCAAUGUGGAACCAACCACCGAUGAUGAUUUCAUACGACAACUCUCGAUGAUUGAUGAGUUCCUUGAACUAUUGAUUGUCAUCAUUGGUGAGCGUUUUAUGCCCGGUGUAGCCCAUGUCACCGAAGAGGAUCGCACCAAGAAGGAAAUUAUGCAGUUGUUGUGCAUUAAAUCGUACUCGCAUUCUGAACUGAAUCGUGCUCUGCCCGAUUCGAAUAACGACACUGCCCUAGAGGAUGUUAUUGAUUCGGUGGCUGUUUUCAAGAAACCCCAAAAGACCGAUGCCAAGGGUGUUUAUGAGUUGCGGGAGGAACUUUACGAUGGCUUCAACAUGUACUUCUACCACUACACCAAGGAGGAUAAAUCAAAGUCAGAAGAGACACAACGAUUGCGUCGCAAGAACAAGGGUGAAUUGGUGUGUUGUCCACCGCCGAAAUUGCCAAAGCUUACGGAUAGUUUUGUGACAAUUGCCAAUUUGUUGCAAUGUGAUGUCAUGAUGCACCUUAUGAAAACCAUUUUGGAAAGAGCAUUAGACUUGAAGAGGAAGAGUUUCCAAGAAAAUCAUUUGCAAAAGAUUCUAUUCCUCAUUGGUUAUGGCUUGCAAGAAGAGGAAUCCAACAACUAUCCCUUCUUGUCGUUUUAUCAGUGGGCCCAUAGAUACAAACUUUUGCCAAAGCUAGAAGAGUUGUCACGUAGUGCCAGGGUUGAAGCUCAUCGCGAUUUCAUUUUAUGGACAAUUAAAAAAUUCAAAGAUUUACAAGCCAAACAAACAACAGCCGAAGGUCUCGAACGCAUGCAAAGCGAUGAUCUUGAACCAACAUCGUCGGCGCAUGAUGAUAAUGGCAGCGGUGAUAUUGCUGCAACAACAUUAACCUCAGCCGAGCAGGAGAAACGUGAGAAAGAGGAGAGGGCACGUUUAGCGGCUGAGCGGCGUGCCAAGAUUCUGGCACAAAUGCAAUCAGCUCAAAAUAAGUUCAUGACCUCCAAUGCGGAAAUGUUUGCCAGUGCCAAUGAUGUGGCCAGUGAUGCCAAUGCCGGUACGGCCAUGGAAUGGCAAGAUGAAAAUCUAGAAGGGGCAGUGGCCUAUAAUUCCACCGCUUGUUUGGGUGUGGAACGAAGGCUGCAACAACCCGAAGAGGAGAAAUAUAAGUGUAUAUUGUGUUUUGAAGAGGCAGUGGUUAGCAAAGAUGGUCCCACUUUGGUCUACUCGGCCUUUGUGCAAAAGUCCAAGGUUCUCAAACCAGAGUCCAAUUACGCUUACUCCGUACACACCAGCAGUUGUGGCCAUGUCAUGCAUGUCAACUGCUGGCAGGAAUACUACAACAAUGAGGAGUCCAAGGAAAUCAGACGACCCAGACGUCAUCCCUUGCAAGUUUUCCCCUCAUCACCGAGCACCGAGUUUCAGUGCCCCUAUUGCCGUUGUCUCAGCAAUACUGUGCUGCCUCUAACGCCUCCGCUCUCCAAGUAUUCGGUACCAAAUGUAUUCCAUGCCGGCGACGAAAUGUUCCCCAUUGAUUUGUGGAUCGAAGGCAUUCGUGUGUUUAGUGAUAAACUUAAUAAUCUCAUAUUGACCGAAGAUCCCGACCUAUGGAGUUUCCAUUUGCCCGAAUGGCUGCCCACUCUCAAAGAGGCCCACAUACCCAUAGAUCCCAAACAAUUUGAAAAAAUGGCCCAGCCAACACAGCGUGGUGAAUUGCCAGUUAGUUGGAUUAAUUUCGUACAACACUACAUGAAAUCACUGAAACGCAACGAGGACGAAGGUCUGCUGAAUAUGUGGCACACUUGUGUGUACACAGUGCAAGCUUUGGAAGUGUAUCUGCGAUCUGUGGGUAAACCCUUGAAGGAUGAAAUGUCCAUACGUCACCAGAGUUGUUUGAGUGGCCUAAUACGGGCUUGUUGUCUGUACAGUGGUAAUUUGACACAAACCGAUGUUAAGAGCUUAAUCAAACCUGUGGCCGAACUCUUGAAUGUGGUGUUCAAACAUAAUGGCGAUUCAGUGUUGGAAUGGAACUGCUUCAGCAAAAUGGUAUCCACAAUUAUGAUGGUACCGAAUAUCCUCUUCGCACGUGUCCGAGGAGCUUCGGUUGUUGCCAAUGGCAGCUUAAUGGACUUUUAUACGCUACAAGUUUUCCUAUUGGCCAAUGUUGUAAAAUCCAUAGUUCUGUUUGAGCAGACAGCCGAAGGCCUAAUGGACAUUGAGGAAGAAGAUUAUGUGGCGCUUAGUGAUAAACAAUUGGAAAAUAUUUCGAUAUUCUUUAACAAAUACAACAUACAGGCCAGGCAAAAGGCUAAGAUGGCAGCGGCGGCGGCGGCGGCGCAGACACAGCAGCCAAAGAAGUCAGUUAGUAAAGAGAGCUCGCAGGAAGAGCAAUCAACAACAGUUGCAGCAGAGUCUGCGGCAAGCGAUGAUAUCGAUGCCGGCAUGACAGAUGUCACACAACAACAACAGCAGCAACAGUCAACAAUUGCCGAACCUAAACCCGAAUUGUUAAGCCCGCAGUUGGUGACAGCCCUGCUGGAUCAUGUCAAAAUGGAAAUGCGUGAAUUCCUGCGUUGUUCCUGUCUCUUCUUCCACUUUGUCACCGAUGUGGAAUUCCCCGAUAGUCUGGCCACCAGCGAAAGUGAUACCUUUGAGAAUAUGUGUAAAUAUCUGGGCCUCAACAGCCAACUGGAGUCGUACUUCGACAAUGCCACCCCCUAUGCCACAAUUAUGGAAAUGUUUGCCUCGCAUCAUGAUAUAACCAACUUGGAUGUGGUGACCACAAAAAUCAAAAUGACCGAUGAUCCCCUGGUGAUAAUGCCCUGCAAUCGUACCGUGCCGCAACUCGUCAAUCUGCCCGAGGACUAUAGUGAUCUCAUCAACAGUGUCUCGGACUUUAGUUGUCCCAACAAUGAGCGCGAGGAGAUGAAGACCCCCACCAUGUGUCUGAUGUGUGGGGAGAUCUUGUGUGCCCAAUCGUAUUGCUGCCAGCCCGAUUUGGAUAGCCGCAAUGUGGGUGCCUGCACCUAUCAUGCGUAUUUCUGUGGAGCGGAAAUAGCACCCUUCCUGCGUAUACGAGAUUGCCAGAUUGUGUAUUUGGGCAAGAAUAAGGGAUGCUUUGUGCAGCCCCCCUAUCUGGAUGACUAUGGCGAGACGGAUCAAGGCCUAAGGCGUGGCAAUCCCCUGCGUUUGUGUCCAGCCCGCUAUAGUAAAAUACAUCUGACAUGGUUGGCCCAUGGGCUGCAUGAGGAGAUAGCGCGUCUGAAUGAUCACUCGUCGGCCAUAACCACACAGUGGCAUCACAUGUAGUUGCAGUUGCAGUUGCGCUGCAAGUCAAAGUCAAAUCAUCAUUAUUAUAAUACUAUUAUUAAUAAUUAUUAAAUUAAUUAAAUGUCGUCGCACCUAUGCAAAACAAACAAAAACAAAACGGAAGUAAAAACCAACAACAACAACAACAAUAACAACAUAGAGUAUAUACUAAACAAACAAAACAACAACAACAGCAGUUAAUGUGAUUUAAAUUAAAAAAAAAACAAAUAAACAAAAAUAGAUAACAACAACAAAACGAAACGAAAGCUAAUGCAAUAUCUAUGUUAAUUCACCUCCUCCAGGCUAGGGAUAUGCUGUAUGAAGAAGAAGAAAAAGAAGGAGGAGGUUUACAAACAAAUUAAACAAAGCCCUCCUUUCUCUAUCUCUCUCUCUCUCACUCUCAUACUCUCAUAAAUGAAAACACAACACUCGUAAUGAAUGUAUUAAACUCAACACACUCACACAAAGUAAAGAUUAGAAAAAAAAAACAAAAA